AAAUUAAUACCAUUGGGAUAAAAUAUUUUUUCCAGUAAAAGUCUUGGAUCUAAAAUACCGAGACCCAAAAUUGUGACAGAUCAAUUAGCUAUGUUGCAUUUUGAGUAUGGCUCUAUUUCACGUGUACAACAAUAUUUAGCUUCUUUGUAAAGCUUCAGUCCCACGCUAGUCUGGACGCCAUGGCCAACAUCAUUCCGUUCCUGGCUGGAUUCAUGGCGAUAGCUGCCAUCAUGAUGAACUUUGCCCUGCAUAAAAUUGAGGAAGGUCAUGUUGCCGUUUACUACAGGGGAGGUGCCUUGUUGACAUCGACCGCAGGCCCAGGGUUUCAUUUCAUGUUUCCUUUCCUAACAACUUACAGGACAGUCCAGAUUACAUUGCAGUCAGACGAGGUGAAGAAUGUUCCAUGUGGAACUAGUGGCGGUGUCAUGAUUUACUUUGACAGGAUAGAGGUCGUCAACAUCCUGUCGGCGAACGACGUUUACAACAUGGUGAAAAACUACACUGCAGAUUACGACAAAACGCUCAUUUUUAACAAAAUUCACCACGAGCUGAAUCAAUUCUGCAGUGCUCACAACCUACAAGAAGUCUAUAUUGAACUGUUUGAUCAGAUUGACGAGAACCUCAAGAAGGCACUGCAAGCUGAUCUCACCCAAAUGGCCCCCGGUCUGUACAUCCAGGCUGUUCGUGUCACAAAACCCAAAAUUCCUGAAAGCAUUCGGAAGAACUACGAGUUAAUGGAGAAUGAAAAGACAAAGCUCCUCAUCGCCCAACAACACCAGAAGGUGGUCGAGAAGGAGGCAGAGACCGAGCGCAAGAAGGCAGUGAUUGAGGCGGAGAAGCAGGCCCAGGUGGCCCGCAUCCACUACGACCAGAAGAUCAUGGAAAAGGAAAGCAUGCAGAAGAUCUCGGAGAUCGAGGAUGCCACGCACCUGGCCCGGGAGAAGGCCAAGACGGACGCCGAGUUCUACAAAUCGCAGCGCGAGGCCGAGGCCAAUCAGCUCAAACUCACCCCAGAGUACUUGGAAGUCCUCAAGUACCAAGCCAUUGCUAGCAAUAACAAGAUUUUCUUCGGCAGCGACAUUCCAAGCAUGUUCUUUACAGACGAACCAAGCUCAAAGAAAGUCUCUACGACAGCCAAUCAGGGAGCGGACUCACAAAAGAAAGACAUCUGAAAAGUGGCACCAACUCCACCGUGAUUAUUGCUAAGUAAGCCACCUUUAUCAGAGACCAACCUCAUGAAUGAGACCAGGACGUGUUUCUGUUCAUGUGGAAAGUAGGUUCGUUUGCAGUAAACCCAAGUUACAUGUACAUGUAUCUGGAUUGUCUGCAACCAACUUCCUGCCGCUGACCCUUUCUUUUCAAGAAACCUUGGGCAUAAGGUGAUUUUUUUGCAAUAGUACGGUGAAUUCGUACAUUCUUUCAAGAGCCUCGACAAUUCCAUGAGUUUGGCCUCUGAUACUUUCCUAACUCGGUGACUUCACGUUUUUUUCCACGGGAGGUUUUUGUUCUUUCCUACAAAAAAAUCACUGAAAUUGGAGUGAAGAUGAUCUUCACAUGUUUAAAGCACAGAUUUCCUCUAAAUGCGCUGACGAACCUGAUUGCCCUUGUUUUUUGGUCAGUGCUGUUGAACUCUGGUGAAUUCAACGAUAUGGUAGCUUUGGGUUUAUUAUUGAGGAGUCGACAGAAGUUCGUUUGUGAUCAGUGAUUGCCCCUUUUUCUCUGCUGUAAUGUAUGAAUACAGGUUUAUUUUGAUGAUUGUAUUCAUUACGAGUUGGAAUCUUAGCCCUAGUCCGGGGAUGGCGACGCCCACCUUUAAACACUGAAAGAGAGCAAAGCCUAAACAUCAGUUGACAAAUUGUCUGAAACUUUUAAACAGAUCUCAAGAGUCCAAACUGGAAGUUGUUAUGCCAUUUACCCUUUAGUUUUACUUAACAACUUCUGUCAACCUCUCUACAAAAUAACUCGGGGCACCUCAAAAUCAGAGUCACUUCUCAAAAAGUUUAAUUUUUGUUUUGUUUUUAUGAUUGGUA